AAAGAUUAAAACAAGAUUGCAGCUGAUACACAGAAAGAAAAGGGACGAAGAGCAGAAGUUAAGAAAAGGGACGAAGAGGGUCUCGGUUGGCGAAGAGCAGAAGCAAAAUCUUUCACUAACAGGUAACAUGGCGGCCGCGAGAGACGCGAGAGACUCCGAUCCGACGCUGGGAUACCUGACUCGGAAAGAGACGGAGGUGAAGCUACCUAGACCAACUAGGGUUAAAAACAAGACCCCGGCACCCAUUCAAAUCACCGCCGAGCAAAUCCUCCGGGAGGCCCGAGAACGCCAGGAGGCGGAGAUUCGACCGCCUAAACAGAAAAUAACAGAUCCCACAGAGCUCGCCGACUACCGCCUACGGAAGCGUAAAGAGUUCGAAGACCUAAUCCGCCGCGUGAGAUGGAACAUUGGCGUCUGGAUCAAGUACGCCCAGUGGGAAGAGUCCCAAAAAGACUUCGAUCGGGCUCGCUCCGUCUGGGAACGAGCCCUAGUAGUCGAUUACCGCAACCACACGCUCUGGUUGAAGUACGCAGAGGUCGAGAUGAAGAACAAGUUCAUCAAUCACGCCCGAAACGUUUGGGACAGGGCUGUAUCAUUGUUGCCCAGGGUUGAUCAGCUAUGGUACAAAUACAUUCAUAUGGAGGAGAUGCUUGGGAACGUCGCCGGAGCUCGGCAAGUCUUCGAAAGGUGGAUGAGUUGGGAGCCUGAUCAGCAAGGUUGGCUCUCAUACAUCAAAUUCGAGCUCCGAUACAACGAGAUUGAGAGGGGGAGAGGUAUUUUCGAGCGAUUUGUUGAAUGCCAUCCAAAGGUCAGUGCUUGGAUUAGGUUUGCCAAGUUUGAGAUGAAGAAUGGGGACAUUGGGAGGGCGAGGAAUUGUUACGAGAGGGCGGUGGAGAAGUUGGCUGAUGAUGAGGAGGCCGAACAGUUGUUUGUGGCUUUUGCAGAGUUUGAAGAGCGGUGUAAAGAAACGGAGAGAGCAAGGUGUAUAUAUAAGUUUGCCCUUGAUCAUAUCCCAAAGGGACGGGCUGAGGAUUUGUAUAGGAAGUUUGUGGCAUUUGAGAAGCAGUAUGGCGACAAGGAAGGAAUAGAGGAUGCAAUUGUUGGUAAGAGGAGGUUUCAGUAUGAAGAUGAGGUUAGGAAGAAUCCACUUAAUUACGACUCAUGGUUUGAUUACAUUCGGUUGGAAGAGAGUGUGGGUAAUAAGGAGAGGGUUAGGGAGGCUUAUGAGCGAGCUAUUGCCAAUGUUCCUCCAGCUGCAGAGAAGCGUUAUUGGCAGCGGUACAUUUACUUGUGGGUUAACUAUGCUUUAUAUGAAGAGCUCGAUGCUCAAGACGUGGAGCGUACUAGAGAUGUUUACAGGGAGUUGCUCAAGCUGAUUCCUCAUGAAAAAUUUUCAUUUGCGAAAAUUUGGCUGUUGGCUGCCCAGUUUGAGAUACGGCAGUUAAAUCUAAAGGGAGCGAGACUAAUUCUUGGCAAUGCAAUUGGGAAGGCUCCUAAAGAUAAGAUAUUUAAGAAGUAUAUUGAGAUAGAGCUGCAUCUUGGUAACAUAGAUCGAUGCAGAAAGUUGUAUGAGAAGUAUUUGGAGUGGUCACCAGAAAACUGCUAUGCAUGGAGUAAGUACGCAGAAUUAGAGAGAUCGUUGUCCGAAACUGAGCGAGCUAGAUCUAUUUUUGAGCUUGCAAUUGCACAACCUGCGUUGGAUAUGCCAGAGGUUUUAUGGAAGGCAUACAUUGAUUUUGAAAUAUCAGAAGGCGAAUUUGAGAGAACUAGAGAGCUCUAUGAGAGACUUCUAGACCGCACGAAGCACUUGAAGGUGUGGAUCAGUUUUGCAAAGUUCGAGGCAUCUGCUAUAGAAGAGGAUGGUCGGGGUUCAGACUUGGCAGACGAUGUUGAAGAAGAAUCUUUUCGUGAGCAGAAGCAGCAAUGCCUUCAGCGAGCCAGAGCGGUUUUCGAGAAAGCUGUUAACUACUUUAGAACAUCUGCACCUGAACUGAAGGAAGAAAGGGCCAUGCUUUUGGAAGAAUGGUUAAUCAUGGAGACCAGUUUUAGUGAGCUAGGCGAUGUUAAUUUAGUUCGUGUUAAACUUCCAAAGAAACUCAAAAGGAGACGGCAAAUAGAAACUGAUGACGGUCCGGCCGGGUACGAGGAGUAUAUAGACUACCUCUUCCCUGAAGAAACACAGACUACAAAUCUGAAAAUUUUGGAAGCUGCAUACAAGUGGAAGAAGCAAAAAGUUGUUCAAGAAGAGAAUUAGUCAAAUUUGGACAUGGCUCCAAAAUUUUGCAAGCACAAUGGCCUACGACCAACUUGUUGAAUGUCUUAUAUCUUGUUUUUCUGUUUCCAUUCCUCACGAAUUUUAAUCGGAAGAAAUGAGAUAAAUGUUUGUAUUGGAGGGUAUUUGUAUUCUGCAGUGAAAUAAAAUACUGUUUUCUUAAAA